AUGGUUUAUUCUCUUGAAGGCCAUACAAUCGCGUACAAACUCGCCAAAAACGACGACAAUCAGCUCUGGAACGACUAUGUCAGCCACACGGCAAUAUACAAAGCAGUUAUGAAGACUCCCGAAGUAUGCAAAGACAUCCUUAUUCCAACAUCACACUACUUCGUCCCCUCUACCGACACGAAGUGGUGGAAUGAAAACGGUCAACACUUUCCCUAUGACGCAAACGUGUCGAUUCCCAACAACGUUCUUCUAAUGGACAGGAUAAACCCCUUGCCUUCUAUCAUCCGCACCAGGCUCAUCGAGUUAUACUGUCCUCCAAAGCUGAAGGACGAAGCUUACAGUACCCGUGGCAAUUACGACUGCCUAAUCCGCCCGUAUCUCGGCCGCCGCCAGGACCCACCGCUCCAGUUCUUUAGCUUGCGCAACUAUAAGCUGUUCCUCAACCAAAUGGAAGAUAUGAACAUUGACACCAUGGAGAUUGCACGCACGCCUACGCAACAACCCGUCACACCGAUGUCUGCGGAGUGUUUCCGCCGUCGUGCUGUUUCUUUGUGGCUCCUCGACUUCAACCAGUGUUCCGAGAUCACCAUGGAUGAAGCCGGUGUGGCAGCGGCGGUAGACGCUUUCGUCGUUAAUGAUCCUUACUAUCCUCGUCCUGGAACCUUAUACGCCGACGACGAUGAUGAUCUUUGGGAUGAAUUCGCCGAGAGAUACCUGGACGUUUCGGCGAAGAUCCUAGUGUCGGAGACUGGACCACAGCCGCAAUUUAUAGAACUACUGCCGCAGUUAUUCAUUCAGGGUGUGAUCGGAAGGCUCAAGGCCAAGGAAGAACGCAAGAGGGAAUCUCUAAGAAGUUUAAUGACUGAUAUUUGGGCGGAGUAA